CCUCGGUGGUUUGCAGCAGUGGAACCAGGCAGGCCCAGUUGUGGGUAGGAGAGGCCGUCACCUGUUGAGGCCUCCCCCCCACACCCCCGCAUCGCCCUGCCCUGGCAGAGCCCAGCCCCCAGUCCCCGGAGAGCGCGCCUGCGGACGGACGGACGGACGGACGGACGGACCUAGGGACGGAGGGCCAGGGGCAGGGGAGAUCCAAGAGGCCCCGCGCUGGAAUGCAGUUUUCUCGGGCGAGGGAGACUUUGCACCGGAGUGGAAAAUAGUUUGGGGUGGGGUUUCGCACCGUCCCCUCCUCCCCAGCCCCGGGCCCCCUCCCAGGCGCUUUCUGGGAGCUUUUAGAACUGCGCUCUGAAGUUUCCAGAGAGCGAGGAGCUUUUGGGGCAGGCAGAGACAAUGGAAGAAAAUGAAAGCCAGAAAUGUGAGCCGUGCCUUCCUUACUCAGCAGACAGAAGACAGAUGCAGGAACAAGGCAAAGGCAAUCUGCAUGUAACAUCACCAGAAGAUGCAGAAUGCCGCAGAACCAAGGAACGCCUUUCUAAUGGAAACAGUCGUGGUUCAGUUUCCAAGUCUUCCCGCAAUAUCCCAAGGAGACACACCCUAGGGGGGCCCCGAAGUUCCAAGGAAAUACUGGGAAUGCAAACAUCUGAGAUGGAUCGGAAGAGAGAAGCGUUCCUAGAACAUCUGAAGCAGAAGUACCCCCACCACGCCUCUGCAAUCAUGGGUCACCAAGAGAGGCUGAGAGACCAGACAAGGAGCCCCAAACUGUCUCACAGUCCUCAACCACCCAGUCUGGGUGACCCGGUCGAGCAUUUAUCAGAGGCGUCCGCUGAUUCUUUGGAAGCCAUGUCUGAGGGGGAUGCUCCAACCCCUUUUUCCAGAGGCAGCCGGACUCGCGCGAGCCUUCCCGUGGUGAGGUCAACCAACCAGACGAAAGAAAGAUCUCUGGGGGUUCUCUAUCUCCAGUAUGGAGAUGAAACCAAGCAGCUCAGGAUGCCGAAUGAAAUCACAAGUGCAGACACAAUCCGUGCUCUCUUCGUAAGUGCCUUUCCACAGCAGCUCACCAUGAAAAUGCUGGAAUCGCCCGGUGUCGCCAUUUACAUCAAAGAUGAAAGCAGAAAUGUCUAUUAUGAAUUAAAUGAUGUAAGGAACAUUCAAGACAGAUCACUCCUCAAAGUGUACAACAAGGAUCCUGCACAUGCAUUUAAUCACACACCAAAAACUAUGAAUGGAGACAUGAGGAUGCAGAGAGAACUUGUUUAUGCAAGAGGAGAUGGCCCUGGGGCCCCUCGCCCCGGAUCUACUGCUCAUCCACCCCAUGCGAUUCCAAAUUCCCCACCGUCUACUCCGGUGCCCCAUUCCAUGCCCCCCUCCCCGUCCAGAAUUCCUUAUGGGGGCACCCGCUCCAUGGUUGUUCCUGGCAAUGCCACCAUCCCCAGGGACAGAAUCUCCAGCCUGCCAGUCUCCAGACCCAUCUCUCCAAGCCCAAGCGCCAUUUUAGAAAGAAGAGAUGUCAAGCCUGAUGAAGACAUGAGUGGCAAAAACAUUGCAAUGUACAGAAAUGAGGGUUUCUAUGCUGAUCCUUACCUUUAUCACGAGGGACGGAUGAGCAUAGCGUCAUCCCAUGGUGGACACCCACUGGAUGUCCCUGACCACAUCAUUGCAUAUCACCGCACUGCCAUCCGGUCAGCGAGUGCUUAUUGUAACCCCUCAAUGCAAGCGGAAAUGCAUAUGGAACAAUCACUGUACAGACAGAAAUCAAGGAAAUAUCCGGAUAGCCAUUUGCCUACACUGGGCUCCAAAACACCCCCUGCCUCUCCCCACAGAGUCAGUGACCUGAGGAUGAUAGACAUGCACGCUCACUAUAAUGCCCACGGCCCCCCUCACACCAUGCAGCCAGACCGGGCCUCUCCAAGCCGCCAGACCUUUAAAAAGGAGCCAGGCACCUUGGUGUAUAUAGAAAAGCCACGGAGCGCUGCAGGAUUAUCCAGCCUUGUAGACCUCGGCCCUCCUCUAAUGGAGAAGCAAGUUUUUGCCUACAGCACGGCGACAAUACCCAAAGACAGAGAGACCAGCGAGAAAAUGAUGAAAACCACAGCCAACAGGAACCACACAGAUAGUGCAGGAACGCCCCAUGUGUCUGGUGGGAAGAUGCUCAGUGCUCUGGAGUCCACGGUGCCUCCCAGCCAGCCUCCACCUGUAGGCACCUCGGCCAUCCACAUGAGCCUGCUUGAGAUGAGGCGGAGCGUGGCGGAACUCAGGCUCCAGCUCCAGCAGAUGCGGCAGCUCCAGCUGCAGAACCAGGAGCUGCUGAGGGCGAUGAUGAAGAAGGCAGAGCUGGAAAUCAGUGGCAAAGUGAUGGAAACAAUGAAGAGACUGGAGGAUCCCGUGCAGCGACAGCGCGUCCUAGUGGAGCAAGAGAGACAAAAAUAUCUUCAUGAGGAAGAGAAGAUCGUCAAGAAGUUGUGCGAGUUGGAAGACUUUGUUGAAGACUUGAAGAAGGACUCCACGGCAGCCAGCCGAUUGGUUACUCUGAAAGACGUGGAAGACGGGGCUUUCCUCCUGCGUCAAGUGGGAGAGGCUGUAGCUACCCUGAAAGGAGAAUUUCCAACCUUACAAAACAAGAUGCGAGCCAUCCUGCGCAUAGAAGUUGAGGCCGUGCGGUUUCUGAAGGAGGAGCCACACAAGCUGGACAGUCUCCUGAAGCGUGUGCGCAGCAUGACAGACGUCCUGACCAUGCUGCGGAGACAUGUCACUGAUGGGCUCCUGAAAGGCACGGACGCAGCCCAAGCCGCACAGUACAUGGCUAUGGAAAAGGCCACGGCCGCAGAAGUCCUGAAGAGUCAGGAGGAGGCAGCCCACACCUCCGGCCAGCCCUUCCACAGCACAGGGGCCCCUGGCGAUGCGAAGUCGGAAGUGGUGCCUUUGUCCGGCAUGACGGUUCACCACGCGCAGAGCUCCCCUGUGGUCAUCCAGCCCUCCCAGCACUCCGUGGCCCUGCUGAACCCUGCUCAGAACUUGCCUCACGUGGCCAGCUCCCCAGCCGUCCCCCAGGAAGCAACCUCCACUCUGCAGAUGUCGCAGGCUCCGCAGUCCCCACAGAUACCCAUGAAUGGGUCUGCCAUGCAGAGCUUGUUCAUUGAAGAAAUACACGGUGUGAGUGCCAAGAACAGGGCAGUGUCUAUCGAGAAAGCAGAAAAGAAAUGGGAGGAAAAAAGGCAAAAUCUGGACCACUAUAAUGGGAAAGAGUUUGAGAAGCUCCUAGAAGAAGCUCAGGCCAAUAUCAUGAAGUCAAUACCAAAUCUGGAGAUGCCGCCAGCCGCAGGCCCACUGCCAAGGGGAGAUGCCCCAAUGGACAAGGUGGAACUUUCAGAAGAUUCUCCAAAUUCAGAACAGGACUUGGAAAAGCUGGGGGGAAAGUCGCCACCUCCUCCUCCGCCACCUCCUCGUCGAAGCUACCUGCCAGGAUCGGGACUCACCACCACGAGGUCAGGCGAUGUGGUCUACACCGGCAGAAAGGAGAACAUCACCGCUAAGGCAAGCAGUGAAGAUGCUGGACCAAGCCCACAGACCAGAGCUACAAAAUAUCCAGCAGAGGAGCCUGCUUCAGCCUGGACCCCAUCCCCACCGCCUGUCACCACCACCUCCUCAAAGGAUGAGGAGGAAGAAGAAGAAGAAGGAGACAAAAUAAUGGCAGAACUCCAGAAUUUGGAAUUUUUCCAUGAAGAUGUACGGAAAUCUGAUGUUGAAUAUGAAAAUGGCCCCCAAAUGGAAUUCCAAAAGGUUACCACAGGGGCUCUAAGACCUAGUGACCCUCCUAAGUGGGAAAGAGGAAUGGAGAAUAGUAUUUCUGAUGCAUCAAGAACAUCAGAAUAUAAAACUGAGAUCAUAAUGAAGGAAAAUUCCAUAUCCAAUAUGAGUUUACUCAGAGACAGUAGAAACUAUUCCCAGAAAACUGUGCCUAAGGCCAAUUUCAGUUUCUCUGGCAUUAGUCCAUUAGAAGAUGAAAUCAACACAGGGUCUAAAAUCUCAGGCCUGCAAUACUCUAUACCUGACACCGAGAACCAGACGCUGAAUUACGGAAAGACAAAGGAGACGGAAAAGCAAAAUACGGAUAAGUGUCACGUUUCCUCUCACACUAGACUAACAGAAUCAAGCGUGCAUGAUUUUAAAACAGAAGAUCAAGAGGUUAUCACGACAGAUUUUGGCCAAGUUGUUCUAAGACCCAAGGGGGCAAGGCAUGCUAACGUGAACCCUAAUGAGGAUGGAGAAUCAAGUUCAAGUUCUCCCACUGAAGAAAAUGCAGCCACUGACAAUAUUGCCUUCAUGAUUACUGAAACCACUGUCCAGGUUCUUUCCAGUGGGGAGGUGCAUGAUAUUGUUAGCCAAAAGGGAGAAGACAUACAGACGGUUAAUAUCGAUGCCAGAAAAGAGAUGACCCCCCGACAAGAAGGGACUGACAAUGAGGAGCCAGUCGUGUGCCUGGACAAGAAACCAGUGAUCAUCAUUUUCGACGAGCCCAUGGACAUCCGGUCUGCCUAUAAGAGACUUUCAACUAUCUUUGAGGAAUGUGAUGAGGAAUUAGAGAGAAUGAUGAUGGAGGAAAAGAUAGAGGAGGAGGAAGAGGAGGAAAAUGGAGAUUCUGUAGUCCAGAAUAAUAACACUUCCCAGAUGUCUCAGAAGAAGGUGGCCCCAGGCAAUCUUAGAACCGGACAACAGGUGGAAACAAAGUCACAGCCACACUCCCUGGCCACAGAGACCAGAAUCCCAGGAGGACAGGAAAUGAACAGAACGGAGCUGAACAAGUUCAGCCACGUGGAUUCUCCAAAUUCGGAAUGCAAGGGUGACGACGUGACCGAUGACCAGUUUGAAAGCCCCAAGAAAAAGUUUAAAUUCAAAUUCCCUAAGAAGCAACUCGCCGCUCUCACUCAAGCCAUUCGCACCGGAACUAAAACAGGGAAGAAGACUUUGCAGGUGGUAGUCUAUGAAGAAGAGGAAGAGGAUGGCACCCUGAAACAGCACAAAGAAGCCAAGCGCUUCGAAAUCGCUAGGUCUCAAUCUGAAGACACCCCUGAAAACAUGGUGAGGAGGCAAGAGCAGCCCAGCAUCGAGAGUACAUCUCCGAUUUCAAGAACUGAUGAAAUUAGAAAAAACACCUACAGAACAUUGGAUAGCCUGGAGCAGACCAUUAAACAGCUCGAAAAUACAAUCAGUGAAAUGAGUCCCAAAGCCCUAGUUGAUACCUCAUGUUCUUCCAACAGAGAUUCUGUUGCAAGUUCAUCCCACAUAGCCCAAGAGGCCUCUCCCCGACCCUUGCUAGUUCCGGAUGAAGGCCCCACUGCCCUAGAGCCCCCUACGUCGAUACCUUCAGCUUCACGUAAGGGCUCCAGCGGGGCCCCACAGACGAGCAGGAUGCCUGUCCCCAUGAGUGCCAAGAACAGACCCGGAACCCUGGACAAACCCGGCAAGCAGUCCAAACUGCAGGAUCCCCGCCAAUAUCGUCAGGUAGUUUUACCUUAAACCCAAUUUUGGAUGGACGCUAUUUCAGUUAAGCAAGUCACUGACUUAGUUUAUACCAAAUAUUGUGCUUUCUUUGUAAGAUAACGGUUUACAUAGACAUCCUGGAUCUGGGGGCAUGAAGAAAGUCUAAAAAAACCUUUGUUAAACUUUUUUACCACGCUUUUGCAUGCUUGCAAUAAAACAUCUUUUACUUUGUGACUCCAAACUCCAAAUUUUAACUGUUAACACAAGGUGCCAGACCAGGUGGCUUUUCUUUGGUGAAUGUAGUGUUUCAUCUGAACACCUCGGGAAGCAGAGACAAACCAACCUGUGGUUGAACUGCCCUUAACGUCACCACUACUAACGUCUGUGUUGACUGUAUUGCGUUAGAAGCAUAUUAACGCUCCGUCACAAUGCCCGACCCCCACCCCAGUAAUUAUCCAGACGCAUGGCCCACCUGGCACACAGGAAAUGGUAGAGCUGGAAUGAUGGGACUCCUCUCACAAAUGUAUUCUUCCUUUCCUCCUUUCCUGUCCAUCCUUUGCUAUGUACAUGGGGGGUUUCUACCAGGUCCAGUAGAGCACAACAAGACUUAGCUCAGGCCUUGAACUGUGUUUGGUUGGUUUUCUUUGAUUGAAUUAUUCUCAGAAGGGCUGUGUUGCCAGGCCCUGUGGGUUGAUCAUGUGACCACCUUUCUGACAAAAUGUCUCCCGCCAUCUUUAUUUGCAGGCUAAUGGAAGUGCUAAGAAAUCUGGUGGGGACUUUAAGCCUACUUCCCCCUCCUUACCUGCUUCUAAGAUUCCAGCCCUUUCUCCCAGCUCUGGGAAAAGCAGUUCUCUGCCCUCUUCUAGUGGUGACAGCUCUAACCUCCCUAAUCCACCUGCUACUAAACCAUCGAUUGCUUCUAACCCUCUCAGCCCCCAAACAGGACCACCUGCUCACUCUGCCUCCCUCAUCCCUUCUGUCUCUAAUGGCUCUUUGAAGUUUCAGAGCCUCACUCAUACAGGUAAAGGUCACCAUCUUUCAUUCUCACCGCAGAGUCAAAAUGGCCGAGCACCCCCUCCUUUGUCAUUUUCCUCCUCCCCUCCUUCUCCUGCCUCCUCCGUCUCACUGAAUCAAGGUGCCAAGGGCACCAGGACCAUCCAUACUCCCAGCCUCACCAGCUACAAGGCACAGAAUGGAAGUUCAAGCAAAGCCACCCCAUCCACAGCAAAAGAAACCUCUUAAAGGUCAAAUCCUAUUAGGCACAAGUCGGAGUUACAUUUAAAAAAAAAUUAACAGUCUACAACAACUGUUUUCACAAGAGAAUGUAACAUAUUGCUGUAUCGUUUGAGGCUUAAUGCUAAAUGUGUGCUGAAUACUGGAUUAAUAGAUUUCAGUAAAGCUCGUUCGUUUUGUUUGGUUUUCUUUUCACCUAGUUGCUAUAGUGUCUACAGUCUAUACUCAAUACCUAUAAAAUGCAGUAAGCGUGUGUUACAGAAAGAGGUUCUGGUGGGAGAGAAAGGUGCGUGUGAGACAGGAGAAUUGUCUUAAGCAUAUAAAACAUGUAUGAUUCCAGAAUUUUAGUAUGUUUUGUAUAAAACUAUUUUUCAUUACGGAGACUAGAAGUGAACAGAGAAUUACACCAGUGUGACUAUACAAAUUGUAAAACAGAUACUAUAAUAUUUCCUUUUAUUUUAGUGUUAUUUAGCUUUAUUACAGAUUUCUAUUUUUGUCAAAACUUCAUGGUUCCUUUCAAGAUCUUUUUUGCCAAAACAUUUUGAUACUAUAGCAUUGUACAUUUGAAAGUAGUGUGCUAGACUAUAAAACCAAUGAACUUCUACAUGAGCCCUACAGACAGGCAUGUGUAGAAGGCAAUUUAUCAAACCUAUUGCACUGCCAUGAAAAGUGUGUAUAAUAAUUUGCUAGCCCAAGCAAGCUAGUUUUCUUUGCUUGCUUCUUUUCUUUCUUUUUUCCUUCCUUUUUUUCUUUUUUUUCUUUUUUAACAUGUUGAGAUUCUCUAGUUGUUUUCUUUGGCGUAUCUAACCCCUUCUUUUGUUUUCUGAGACCUGGUAACCCACGCUCUUGCAUUGUGGAUUUUAAAAUGUACACUCUGUACGGUUCUGUAAACCGAAAAACUUUUGUAAAUAUAUAAAUAUACAUAGACAUUAAAAUACUGUAUGUGACAGCACAUAGAGUAGUUUUCCCACACCAAAGUUAAUUUUUAUGCAUGCUUUAAAAGUAUAUAUCGGGACCGGCAGAAAUGGAAGUAUCCAUACAUUUUUAAAAAGCAACAAGUUUGCACAGCUAGAGUGUUUUUGUAAAUAAAUGUAUUUGUAUAACACAGUCAUGUAAUAUACAGAACUAUAAGCAGAGACUUUGCAAAACUAAAUAAAGGGCUGCAUGCUUAUUAUUUUUUGUACCUUGUCACUAUAACUACUUCCUAGUCAAAGAACAAAAUGUAACUGUUACCGAGUUAAAUGUUUUUCCGCUUUGACGGAUGUAACCACAUCCACUCAGAGGACACUUCUUUUCUGAAAGCUCUGGGGUGACUAAUGAUGAGUUCCUAAUAAAUUAAUUGCAAGUGUGGUGCCUUGGAUGUGGCCUGUUGGCUCGCUCUCUUCUCUGUGACUUAUCAAGGUGUGGAUGACAGAAAGCAAACCUGGAUACAGAGUUUCCACCCUCAGUUCCUGGAGGGGCUCUUAUUAUUUUCUCUCUUUUUAAAAAACUUCCAGUAGAAGUAAAGUGGAAAUAAAAUGUCUUUAUCA